CAUUUUUCAAAGCACGGUAUAAUGAAGGCAUAUGAAUGCUUUCAGUGUGGAAAAUGCUUCAGAUACAAAUCACAGCUCCUUGUGCACCAAACGGUCCACACAGUGGAGAAACAUUUUGAAUGCUCAGAUUGUGGGAAGAGAUUCAGCUGGAGCAGCAGUCUUAAACUGCAUCAAAGAACUCACACAGGGGAGAAGCCUUUUGAAUGCUCGGAAUGUGGGAAGAGGUUCAGUCACAGUGGUCAUCUUCACAAACAUCAACGAACCCACACAGGAGAGAAGCCUUUUGAAUGCUCAGAGUGUGGGAAGAGAUUCACUCACAGUAAUACCCUUCACUGUCAUUUAAGAACCCACACAGGGGAGAAGCCUUUUGAAUGCUUAGAGUGCAGGAAGAGAUUUAGUCAGAGUAGCCAUCUUCAUCGUCAUUUAAGAAUCCAUAUAGGGGAGAAGCCUUUUGAAUGCUCAGAGUGUGGCAAGAGAUUUAGUCACAGUAGUCGUCUUCAAGAGCAUCAAAGAACCCACACAGGGGAGAAACCUUUUGAAUGCUCAGAGUGUAGGAAGAGAUUCAGUCACAGUAGCAAUCUUCAGAAUCAUCAAAGAACCCACACAGGGGAGAAGCCUUUUGAAUGCUCAGAGUGUGGGAAGAGAUUCAGCCACAGUGGUGAUUUUAAAAAACAUCAAAGAACCCACACUGGUGAGAAGCCUUUUGAAUGUUCUGAGUGUGGCAAGAGAUUCAAUAGGAGAGGAAAUCUUCAACAGCAUCAAAGAACCCACAGAAGAGAGAAGCCGUUUGAAUGCUCAGAGUCCACCCCCACCUAUGCCGGCAUGGCCAUCUACGCCUCAGUUGCGCCACAGUUCGGACACAGCACCCCUCUGCCUGAAGCCAGGAGUGGUCGCCCACUCAAGCACCCAUACACAGAUGUAACUUCCAUUUCCGCUGUCAUGGAGUGA